ACUGAGCAAAGCAGAAUAAAAUAUCUCUGCUUAUCAUAUAUUAUUAGUAAAAAAUAGAAUUUUGAAUUUUUUGUGAAUAUCUUUUGAUGGGUUAGUUUUAUGCCAAUGAUUUUACUAUGUCUCCUAGAGCAUACUGCAAGGAAAAGAUGUGGAAAGUUUGAGCUACAAAACUUUUUCUAAUUAUAAGAUAUCCUGUAAAAACUUUUUGAACUUUUUGACCUGUUUCCGGGUUAAGCAAGACAAAAAUAUAUGUUUUUUUUAAUAUUUUUUCAUGGAAAUGUAUUUUUCCAGUUCUAAGCUAUCUUUAAAUUGCAGAAAGAUAACCAAUAUAUUAAUAUUUUAAAAUUUGGUUUUAAAGGUUUACUACCACCUUAACCACCACAAAAUGGCGUAAAUCAAUAUGCAACGUUCAUAAAGUAUGUCAUAGUGAAAGUCAAUGUUCUUGCGAACCACCUUUUACAUUGUUUCCAUUUCCAACUGAGAAGAAGGAUUGUAUGAUGAGGAAAAUCUGGCUACAGAUGAUAAAUCGUAUGGAUGCAGUAAAAAGGAACAAGUUGUGGUCUCCAGGAAAGUCUUCUAGAGUAUGUUCCAAACACUUUGUUUCACAAAGUCCUACUGAUAGUCACCCAUUUCCAUCAUUGCAUAUGGGUUACAAUUGUAAGCAAAAAGCUGAGACAGUUAUGCGUCAGAUAAAAUCUUCACAUAAAAUGGAAUCCCCUUUACAAGUUGCUGUUUCCACAUUAAAAAAUGCAAAGGAGAAAUACGUUACAGAGUUACAGAUUGCAUCACUAAUAGAAUUCACCAAGAAGGAAGCACAUUUAAUAAAUUCUGUUUAUAGUCUUCCAAUUAUUUCACAUAGUUAUUUCUACCUGUUCAAAAUGUUCCUGUUUUUGAGUAGUUAUUUACCAUUUUUCUGUAUUUUUGCAAAAUGUCGCACUGUUGAAAAUGCCCCGUCACAACAUAAACAGGAAAAGUUACUGUUGCAGCUGACUAUUAAAGCUCUUCUUAACAAAGUCAACAUUCUCAACAGGCUUAAUAAACAGCUGGAAGAGAAAGUAAAAAACUGUACAUGCAAGAAACCUGUUAAUGAGCUGCUAUUAAAUUCUGAUAAAGAUGUUAUGUUUUAUACUGGAAUUACUUCCAGAAUAUUAUUCGAUAAACUAUGUUCGUAUAUUGCACCAUAUGUCAAACGUAAAUGGAGAGGACUUAAAGAAACCAAUAUUACCCUAGUUAGAAAAUAUAAAAGGACACCAAAUAAAUCUGGUCCUAAAUCAAAGUUAUGUGUCAAAGAUGAGUUCCUUAAUGCUAAUGAAAAUUAGGCUUGGAUUAUUAGGGCAAGAUUUAGCUCAAAGAUUUGGUAUUUCUGCUACUAUAUCUAGUCGCAUAUUUGCAACUUGGGUAAAAGCAACAGCAAGUGUAUUGAAAUCAUUUGUUUACUUUCCUGAUUAUGGACAUAUUGCUGCUACAAGACCUCCAAGAUUCAGAGAUGUUCAAAAUCUUCAUUCAAUAGCUGAUGGUACUGAAAUAUUCAUUCAGACCCCCAAAAAU